GCUGUUUCUCUCUCUCCUCCAUCCCAUCUCCGUCGCCCGGAAUUUCUCGCCGCCGUAGCCGUCCAAAGCUUCUAGGUUUUCUGCGACUUGACGAUUGAUAACUUCUCGUUAGAAGUUUAUUUUUUUCGAAUUUGGAUGUUUGUAUAUUAUAUGUCAAUGACAAUUUUAUGAUACUACAAAGCCAUUGAGUUUUACUAGCAACGAGAUUUAGGUUUGUUGGGUAUAUUUGUAGUUGAUCUGGAAGGCAUACGUGGCUUUUGAGCUGAAAGUAACGUAGCUGAAUGAGCUUGUUCUGUAUGCGCAUAAACUGUUCGAAGAAAUUACCGACUUAAAAAGCUUCAAUUUUGAUUUAUUUUUUAUUUCCUGGUUUUAUUCAGGAAAUCCCAGUUUCAGGAGUGAAGUUUUCAUCUUUUAUUCAGGAAGUCUGGCUGCCAGGAAAUAGUUAAAUUGAAAGCAAUGGGGAAAGCGUCGAGAGAUAAAAGGGAUAUUUACUAUAGGAAAGCCAAAGAGGAAGGAUGGCGUGCUCGGAGCGCCUUCAAACUGCUACAGAUUGAUGAAGAAUAUAACAUAUUCGAAGGGGUGAAGCGAGUAGUAGAUUUGUGCGCAGCACCAGGGAGCUGGAGUCAGGUUUUGAGUCGAAACCUCUAUCUCCCAGCAAAGCUCUCACCUAAUUCCAAUGAUAGUGAUCUACCACUUAUUGUUGCAAUCGAUCUCCAGCCUAUGGCUCCAAUAGAAGGUGUUAUUCAAGUUCAAGGGGAUAUUACCAAUGCUCGCACUGCUGAAACGGUCAUCAGACAUUUUGAUGGAGGCAAGGCCGAUCUUGUCGUGUGUGAUGGAGCACCUGAUGUAACUGGCCUACAUGACAUGGAUGAAUUUGUUCAGUCCCAACUCAUAUUGGCGGCGUUGACAAUAGUUACCCACAUACUUAAGAGAGGUGGAAAGUUUAUCGCAAAAGUAUUUCGAGGGAAAGAUACUAGUCUCCUUUACUGUCAGUUGAAAUUAUUUUUCACGGAAGUAACAUUUGCAAAGCCAAAAAGCAGCCGCAAUUCAAGCAUAGAGGCUUUUGUGGUAUGUGAGAAUUACUCGCCUCCUGAUGGAUUCAACCACAAAGAUUUGCAUCUUCUCCUGGAGAAAAUUGGUAGUCCUUCUGGUGCUGACGAUCUAGAUUGCAGUAGCGGGUGGCUUGAAGGGCCUAACAAGGUGUAUAUCCCAUUUUUGGCGUGUGGUGACCUCAAUGGGUUCGACUCAGAUCGUUCAUAUCCACUUCCCAAGCGUGCAGAUGGGUCGUACCAGAGCUUAGAUCCUGUACAACCUCCUAUUGCGCCCCCGUACAAGCGAGCUCUGGAGAUGAAGAAGGCUUCCAGCCAUGGAGUUCAAGGUCUAGAAAAACUUUCCCUUGACCCCUGAGAAACCAUCUUUGUUAGAUGAAAAUAUACAUGCAAUUAUGCAAAUACAAGUGGUUGCUAUAUGAUGGAUUUAAAUUAGGAAGUGAUUCUUGAUAUUUUCUGGAAAUUUUGUACUAUCACAUGUAACUUAUUAGUAUUGUCAAUCUUUUCAAAAUUUUAGCCCCUUGGGGAUGGCCUCUUGAUGGUGGAUAAACAACCUUAGAUAGAGAAGUAUUAACUUAAUACGAGUAAUGCUAAUCUUUUAUA